AUAUUUAAAAAAAUGAUAAAUUGGCAAAAUCACACAUACGCUCACCAUUGUAUUAUUUCCUAGACUUAUUAGUUUAUUUUAUUUUAUGUUAAUUAUAAGAAAAAUGAGAUAUUAAAUCAGUGUUCGUUUAACCAAUGAGAUUAUUGGUGAAUUCUGUUUGUGUGCACCAAAUUAACCAAUCACUGUAAAGUUUUAAUGCAAUUAAACAACAACUAUUGCAUGUAAUUUUAAUUGAAAAAGAUUACAGAUCCAUGUUGUUUAAUAUUAUCAAAAUUUAUAAACGUUAACCAGAGGUUAUAGUUUAGGGUAUGCGCACUUUCGUAAUUUUUGUAUGUGUUGCAUCGUACACCUAUUCUUUUGCGAUUGAGAUUUAACUUUGAAAUAAUUACGUACAAGACUUCUUUUAGAUUGAAAAUCCUCGACAGUGCUCGAUGUAAUAGUUUAUUUUCUCAAUCACUCUUGAUAAUCACUGUUAAAUCACAACAAAAUUUUUGGUUAAGUAUCGUAUCAAGACAUUGGAAUUUCGUACAUGUUAUCAGCAUCAGACAUAGAACAACUGACUCGUUUUGCUUCUGGGGGAUAUUGCGAUGACUCGACAAUAGUAUACUUGCAACAUCCUUGUGUGAUAUUAACAGCUUUAGAGGUUCUUGGUUAUAAAGUCGUCGCAUCCUCGAGUACCAGUGUUAAACAAGACUAUAAUGAAUACAUGUGGACUAUGAGAAAAGAUUUUACCGAGCCUGAACCCGAACCUGUUAUUAAGGCAGGCAGGUGAGAUUUAUUCAGAUACUCGUGACUACGCACACGAUAAACAUGGAACACAGUCAUGGACAUAAUGAUCAGAAUGUAUGCUGCAGUUCGGGUAACGACCUCGGUAUUCGUCAAUCUCUCGUAGAAAUGGAGUUUGAACGUGGUAUAUGGUAUGCAGCGCAAUAUAACGAUUUGGACCGUGUGAAAACCUUGCUGAAGAAAGGUAUUUCAGCCAAUGUCGAAGAUUCCGCGGGAUAUACAGCCUUACAUUACGCAUCUCGAAACGGACAUUACGAAAUGUGCAAAAUAUUGUUGGAGAACGAUGCGAAAGUUAAUGCACGGACUCAUUGUGGGCACGCUACUGCUCUGCAUAGAGCAGCAAUGCAAGGUCACGUUAACAUUGUUCAACUUUUAUUGAAAUCCGGCGCAGACUCUAAUUUAAAAGAUGUAGAUGGUUACACUGCUUUACAUAGAGCAUUUAUAGGUCGUUCGGAGUCUGUUUGCAAGCUUUUGAUACCAUGCACAAACUUAACAUUGUUGAGUAACAAUCAACAAAGUGCAGAACAAUUGGCAAAGGAAAACUGUCCUAACAUCUUACCAUUUUUAUCCGAAUACAUAAAUACAGAAUGAUAAAUGAAGGACAAUCAAUAAACCAUACAGUUUAUUUACCACAAGAAGGUGAAUGUAUAAAAACAAAAUCGUAGAAUCAAAAAAAAAAAAAAACUCGAGCAUAUUAGCAAAGUUAAAGAAACUAUCAGUGUGAAUAAUAUACAUAAAUGUAUUUUUAAUGUUAAUAAAUUCUCCUGACCCCUAUGUAUAAAAAUUGUUGGGAACGCUAUGAAAAAUAAAUUCGCAAAGUAAAUGUAUGUACACUGAUAAAUAUCUUGAAAACUUAAUGUGACGAAUAAGAGUAAAGAUAUAUUCGAUACCGUUCUUUCGAUAAUUACGAUACAAAUAAGAAAAAAAGUUGUCGAAAAAUACAAUCGUCGACUAAUAAAUGUAUCAGUUAUCCUUCUUUGUUACAUAUACUCAUCGUUUAAAUUAGCUUGACAAUUUGCCCGUUACCGAACUAAAUAAUUAAUAUGCAUCAAGCUUCGUGAAGUUUCAUUUUACGACAUAGGACGAUACUUUUUCUUCGUAAUAGAGAAACGAAUACCGAUAAGAAAGGAAUGCACGCGUUAUUCGAUCAAGCGAUAAAGGAAUAAAUUUACAAAUAAAGCCGAUGGAUGUGCGUCGUUGUAUUCGUCUCGUUCCAUGUGCUCGUCGCCCGUCGGCCGUCGGAACGGAGAGGGGUCGUGCACUUGAUAUUGAAUCGUUCGUGCCCGGUCGUUUCCUCUCGGCGAGGCUCGGUAAUCGUCGUGAAAAUUCGACGGUACUCGAUGAGUUGCGGUACGCGGAGCGCAGUACGGCCGCCGGAGCCCCCUCGCGAUAAACGGUGCUGCCACCUACCGGAACACCUCCCGUCUUCUGUACGACUGCAAUCGUUGCAUGGAGUCAGUCGUUUCACGAAUACCGCGGGUGGUUUGCGCGAAGGCUCGCCGCCGCCUUUAGCCGUUCCGCGACGGGAUCGUCCGUCGUUUCGCGGUCCGAGGUUUCGUCUGCGUGUCUUCGACCACCUUUUCCCGCUUUGGAAUUCCGGUGCGAUUUUGCUCGUCGAUUUGAGUGACAAUCGCGAGCGAUGUAACCGUGCCCUGACGUCACACGGCUAAUCAAGUGCACACACGAACGCAAACACUGGCGCGCGCGCGCCUGCCACUCGUGUCCGUAUACAGUGUAUACUAUACACGGACGGCCUGCGUAGCUGCGUGCAGUAUACUACGUGCGAACACGUAUAGGGCCGUGCACACGAGCGAAACCGAUAGAGCUCGAAGAAGAGGGAAACAGCGUGAUCACGAAAGAUAGAGGAGAAAGAA